AUGGACCCCACGUGCAGUGGCCAGGAUGUUUUACGGUGUCAAUCUUGUAAAACUCCUAGUCCCCCUUUGUACUGUGGCAUAUGUCAUUUGCAUCUAUGUAAAGUAUGUGUAGGGGAACAUAUCUUAGAUGAAACCACUGAACACAAAGUGGUACCGUUUAACAAGCGAGAACUUGCUACCAAAUGUCCAAAACAUUCCACAAAAAUAUGUGAACUUUACUGUGAAGAAUGUGACAUUUCUAUCUGUGCAACAUGUGCAUCCUCUGGAGAACAUAUAGGUCAUGCAUAUGUUGAGAUUUUGAAAUUUUUUGAAAGCCAGAAAGAGGUCAUUCAAAGAGAUUUAGACGAAUUAGAAAAUGUGAUUUUUCCGAAAUAUCAAAAGAUUGAAUCAAGUAUCCCCGUUCAGAAAGAUACUUUGAGCAAAAAUUCCCAGAAUUUCACAGCAGCUGUUAUUAAGCAUGGAGAAAAUUUGCACAAAAAAAUAGACUUUGUUAUCCAAACACUGAUAUCUUAUAUUAGUGAUUUUGACUCCAAACAUAUCGCUGUCUUCAAUGAACAAGAAAUUGAAAUGAAAUCGGCAAUUUCUGAAAUCACACAAAAGAUUGAUGAUAUGAAGCAAAUUCUGAACUCCAAUGAUUUUAAGAAUGUAUCAGCUUACAAAUCAAGAAAUGAUGAAUUCAAAAAAAGGCCACCUAAACUUCCUUCGUCCUUACCAAAUUUUACGCCUGGGGAUAUAGACAAAAAGCAAAUUUUUCAACAGUUUGGUUCUCUCUCCGGUUUGCCUAUCAAAGAAGAAGAUCAUGGCUACACAAUGGUUGUUUCGAAAAUUAAGCCACCUGUCCCUAUCAAACGUCUUAUUGAUAAACCCCGGAUCAUCUCACACAUGCGCACAGAUUAUGAAGCCUCCAAUGGAGUAAGAGGUGUGGCCUUACUGAACGAUCAAUACAUAUGGACGUGUGGCUAUAAAGACAAAAAUAUGAAACUCUACAACAUCUAUGGAGAACUUGUACGUACAAUUCAAACUACUUCAGGCUUCCCGCCAUAUGACAUAGAAGUGACUAGAAAUGGGUGUUUAGUUUAUGCCGAUUACAGAGAUAGAACCGUGAAUAUAGUAAACCAAGGACAGAACACACGGGUACAGCCAGCAGUGAUCAGACUAAGGGGAUGGAAACCCCGCAAUGUCUGUAGUACCUACUCAGGUGACCUCUUGGUUGUCAUGGACAGUGAUGAUCGUGAAGAUUCAAAAGUUGUUCGUUACUGUGACUGCAAGGAGACACAGAGUAUUCAAUUCGACGAUAAAGGAGAUCCUCUCUAUUCAUCUGGGGGUGAAAUUAAAUACAUCACUGAGAACAGGAACCAAGAUAUCUGCGUCUCAGACUAUACCGACUGCGAAAUAGUGGUUGUUAAUCGGAAAGGGAAGUUCCGAUUUACCUACAACGGUUCUUAUUUUAUUACCAAAAGACCAUUUGAGCCAUACGGUAUCGCUACAGACAGCCAUGGCCUUAUCCUAACAUCAGAAUAUAAAUAUGAUUGUAUCCACAUUUUAGAUCAGGACGGGCAGCUUCUACGUUUAUUUGAUAACUGUAACUUACACCGUCCAUGGGAUUUAUGUGUGGAUUCAAGUGACAAUCUCUAUGUGACCGAGGCAGAAAAAAACAAAAUAAAGAAAAUCCAAUAUUACAUUUAAACAAAGUGUCGUCAUAAUAUGCUGUGAUACUUAACUGACCACGCAACUGUCAAUGUGCCAUAUCACGUGUACUCAAACUAUGAAUGCAUGAGCCUGUAUGUGACUUGAUACCCAAUAUCGUGUAUUGUAACACAUGAAACAUCAAUCAUUCUUGUUCAUUUUAGAGGAAGCAACAAGUAGACCGAUUUAUAUUCGAAUCUUUGAGUUCUGACAAGGUUCUUGUGUCGAGGGCGUUUUUAUGAGUUAACAGUUCUAAUUCAAGCGACCAACAAGCUGAAAAAGAAGUCAGCAAUCAGCCGAUGGUUUAAACGUUUUAGUGAACUGUGAACUUGGUAUUUGAAUAUUUACCUUAACCUAAAAAAAACCGGCCAUUGGUGAUAUUGUGUUAAAUACGACAACACGUGCUUUAGCUUCCUUUGUGUUUGAAAUGAUGAUUCAUUUGUAUGGCAAUUAUUUCUGCAUUGAUUGACUUUCAUGAAAACAGUCACAUUUCUUUUUUUCACAACCCUGCAUUACUUGAAAUCUAUGCAUGCGAAAUCCGCUUCAAAAUUCAUGAUACAAUAUACUUAUUUUUUACAUUUUCAAUAUGUUUUGCUAAAUAAUCCUCGAAUUUUCAUUCUGUGAUUGUUACACUUACAAAAAAUGACGACAUCGCACUAACGUAAGGUAAAAUCAUAACAAUCUAAGGAUUAGUGAAAUCUUCUAAAACUAUAAAAUAAUUGUGUUAAAGAAUUAGCCUAGAACACAUACUAACUAGUUUUGAUGAACCGAUUCUAGAUUAUCCCAUUUGGUACAUUGUAUUUUGUUGAGUACAAUAAAUUCGUCUGAUUCGUUUAUAAAAUAGAGGCGUAGUUUCGAAACGCGUUUUCUGACUUACAAUUGCAUGUCCCUUUUUUUUCAUUGAAAUGGCGUUGCUUGAUUUGAUACAUGUAAGCAAUACUAUGUUUGACAAACGACUUCAUCUUAACCACUAAGACGAUUCUUAAAUAAAUUUUAGAAAUAGAGCUCUAGGGUUAGGCAAGAAAGUUUUUAAAUUACUUGGCAUAGAAUUGGUCUCAAAUCUGCAAAAUAUUAUUAAAGUGAUUUUUGAGCGGAAGUUUAAAAAUAUAUAUAAAAAAGUAAUGAGAGAUUGGGAAAGUGAAAACCUUACACCAUUGGGUCGUUUAACGAUUUUAAAAACUCUUUUAUUAGCCAACCUUAAACCACAGUUUUGCCUCGCUUGCUAUUCCCUCUGGUUCACAGCUGAACGAUUGAUAUUGUGCAUUUUACUCAUUUGUAUUUAGUAGUAACCCCAUUCGAUUGAAAAAAGAAUGAUUGUGUGUUCUACGGAAUUUAAAGAUGACAGUUUUGAAAAGAUACAUUGUAAUUAGCAUCAACGAAUUAAUUAUGUCAUUCAACUGGUUUGAAAGAAGACCAUCAUAUUAGAAAGUACAUUGUAGCAAUGUGCAUUUAGGUUUAGACAUAGAUAUAAAAAAAAAUGCUUUAUAUGGGAAAGAAUCUUUUUAGGUAAACAAAAAUAUAUUCUGUAAGGAUAUUUUAGAUGCAUGGUUGUAUUUUCUUUUUUAUUAGAUAUUUUUAUACAUAGCAUUAAUGUGAAUGUUCUUGAAUACAAUGACUUGAUAGCAACAAUAAGAUAAUUUCUGGAAAAAAAAAUAUAGUACUUUUGUCAAAAGUGUGUAUGCCAUUCAUUACUUCAAAACAAGUUCAGUACUAAAUGCUAAAAAAAUCUAGAGAUCUAUACAAAAUUCUUUAAUAAAAAUACAAAUGAACCAUUGUGCAAACUUCUUCGAGCCGUUUUCUCUAUUAUAAUUUAAAACUAAAUCUCGUAAAUAGGCAUUGUCACACAGGCACAUGUGUUCAAACCGUUCGUCAAACCGAUAACACAGGUAGUCGACGUGUCUUAUUCUAAUCGUUAUCUUAGGUUUUAUGGCAUUUAUUUCAUAUUUUAUUUGCAUUGUCUGUAAAUAAUGUAUUGACAUGUUUAUUUGAUGUCAGUAUUCUUCUGCCUUGGAAAAAUUUAAAUUGCUCAGAGAUAUGUGGCUUGUAUAGGGGUUGAAGGGAUAGCGGUGAUGAAAUAAAUAUCGACAGAGCGGUGUUCAGCUUUAAGUGAUUUCGACCAUUUCAACCUCUCUUUCAAAAUCACCAAAAAUACAAAACUUAAAAUGUUUCAGUUUCGAAUUAACCUUAGAAUAUUAGCAACAAACAUUUUUACAUACAUGUAAAUUAAAAAAGGUAGACUCAUAUGACUAGAAUGUUUCCGUUGUGAUAAAGAUAUCAAACUAUUGAGUAUAUUUUGGAGGAAUGUGAACUAAUACAAAAGGACUCUAUAUGAUAAGGGUCUAAAAUUGCACCCUAAAAUGAACAUCAUCAUUUAACUAUCAUUCUUUGUUUUCUUAGUACAGAUAUGUAUGUGAUGUGUUUACAUAAUAUUCAUUUUGGUUCAAGUGCCCACAAUUUAGAAAUAUGACAUUGUAAAACAACAUUUUCUCGCCGUUUAAGAAAAAUGUCAAUGUUUAGCUGAUUUUGAUUAGAUUAUAGAAAUGGCGUAACUUCUUACGUCAUAUACUGCCAGUAAGUGCAAAUAAAUCAAAUAAAUAGAUGAAAAAUAUAUUUUAUAACAACUCUUCUAAAAAAUUAGUUAACAUUUUAUUGUACCCGAAACACUUAAAAAAUGGCGAAUUAUAAGGGCCAAAUUUAACUCUUAUCAUAUAUAGUUCUUCAUUGAAUGAAUUUGCUACUUAUUGUUUUAGAAAUAUACCUUUUUUACGUUUUUGUGCUUUUAGUAGAGACAGAUAUCAUAGUUGGAUUUCACGAAAAUUUAGAUCAAGUCAAAUAUAUUGCAACUUAGUUUGAGAUGCUGUAGAAAGAUACCGUCUCUGAAUGGGAUGGUACCCUCAAUCAAGAAUAUGUAUGACACAAGUUAAUAUAUUACUUGUAAAAAAAAAUCUACAAGUACUAUAUGAUCAGGUCUGGGAAAAGUGGAAAGAUUUAAUCAAUAUUUAAAUUAAUUCUCUCUCUCUCUCAUUCUCUCUCUCUCUCUCUCUCUCUCUCUUUCUCU